CAAAGAAGAAGACCGGUAGAUUGUAUACGGAAGUAACAAUUUAUUCACUUCUGCCUGGAUGUCCUGUUAAAUCAGAUAGAAAUGAACGGAAUACUGUGAUCUAAACGUGUCUAGAAGGUUGUUAGAAUGGGGCAGCGGAGAACGGCGAGCUCUCGAGCACACACUCGCUCUGCGCGGACGCAUCCUCACAAGGCAGACGCCGAUUCCACGCGCACUCCCACGGUUGGUGGCCGCGCGGAGCUGGUGAGACACAGCAUCUGUAUGGUCUCGGACUUCUUCUACCCGAACAUGGGCGGCGUGGAGAGUCACAUCUACCAGCUCUCGCAGUGCUUGCUGGAGAAGGGACACAAGGUCGUUAUAGCAACGCACGCCUACGGCGACCGGCGAGGGAUCCGCUACCUGACCAACGGGCUGAAAGUGUACUACUUACCUCUGCAGGUGAUGUAUAACCAGUCUACAGCAACCACCGUCUUCCACAGUCUUCCUCUUCUCAGGUGUGUGUUUGUGCGAGAGCGCGUGACGGUGGUGCACGCUCACAGCUCGUUCUCGGCGCUGGCGCACGACGCGCUCUUCCACGCCAAGACGAUGGGCCUGAACACGGUGUUCACCGACCACUCGCUCUUCGGCUUCGCCGACGUCAGCUCGGUGCUGACCAACAAGCUGCUGACGGUGACGCUGUGCGACACGAGCCACGUGGUGUGCGUGUCCUACACCAGCAAGGAGAACACGGUGCUGCGCGCCGCCCUGCCGCCCGAGCGCGUCUCCGUCAUCCCCAACGCCGUCGACCCCGAGCAGUUCACCCCCGAGCCCGCCCGCCGCCACGGCGACCGCAUCACCGUGGUGGUGGUCAGCCGACUGGUCUACAGGAAGGGGAUCGAUUUACUAGGCGGGAUCAUUCCAGAGCUCUGUGCAAAGCACCCUGAUCUGUGCUUUCUGAUUGGUGGAGAGGGGCCCAAGAGAAUAGUCCUGGAGGAAGUGAGGGAGAAGUACCAGCUUCAUGACCGGGUGCGUCUGCUGGGCGCUCUGGACCAUAAGGACGUGAGGGAUGUUCUGGUGCAAGGCCACAUCUUCCUCAACACGUCCCUGACCGAGGCUUUCUGCAUGGCCAUUGUGGAGGGAGCCAGCUGUGGCUUACAGGUGGUGAGUACGCGGGUGGGGGGGAUUCCGGAGGUCCUUCCUGAUGAGUUGGUGACGCUGUGUGAGCCCACCGUCCGCUCGCUGUGUGACGGGCUGGAGAUGGCCAUCGCUAGGCAACAGGCAGGUGAGGUCCCCUCCCCGGAGACCAUCCACAAGCAGGUGCGCACCCUCUACACCUGGAGGAACGUCGCCGACCGCACCGAGAAGGUGUAUAAUGGCGUGGCUGGACAGGAGGUGCUGUCUCUGGACCGGCGUGUUCUGCGCCUCCGUUCUCACUGCGGUUCCGUGGCGGGUUCCGUCUUCGCGCUCUUCGCCAUCCUGGACUUCCUGUUCCUGCUGCUGCUGCGCUGGCUCGUCCCCGAUGAUGUCAUAGACGUCGCCGUGGACGCGUCCGGACCCAACAGCCGCUGGAGGCGGGACGUGCUCAAAACGAGAACUGAGAAGCCAAUCACAGCGCCCGCCCCCCCGCCUCUGACCAAUCACAGCUGAGAUCUUCAUGAAGCGUGUCCACUGUGGUCAGUUCUCCGCGGCCUCUCUCUCUCUCUGGGUCAGCUGGCCAGGUGGAGGUGAUUGGGCAGGUGAGCACGUGUUGGCGAUGCAGCUGUGUGUCCAUAUGGACGAUGGCUCAUGGAAGCACGUGUACCAAGCUGAGGGCAUCUCUGGGCAUCUCUGGGCAUUUCUGGGCAUUUCUGGGCAUUUUGUGACCGCUGGGAAACACAAGGUUCUAUUGCACCCCUUCAUUUCUUUUUUUGUUAAUUUUUUACUUUUCUUUGAAAUGAUGCUACACUCAUUAACAAGCACUGGCUUCAACUGUGUGUGUGUGUGUGUGCGUGCGUAUGCAUUUAUGUGUGUAUUUGUAUGCGUGUUUGUGUGUGUGUGUGUAUGCGUGUUUGUGUGUGCGGUGCGGUGCGUGUGUGUGUGUGUUUGCCCAUCUCUCAGUGGUGUUGUCUCAGACUGGGCCCUGCUAAAGUAGUAUUACUGCACAGCUCCCACAGCAGGGACACAUGCAGCCAAAGAGCAGCUGAUUUAGAAUCAUAUCUAGCCCCUGUGCCUCACACACACACACACACACACUCUCUCUCUGUAUGUUUGUCCAGCUUUGGGGGGCAUUGUAGUGAAACAGGGGAUUAUAUACUUGCUGAAUAUUGGUAAGAGUGUGUGUGCUUGUGCAUGUGCAUGUUUGAAUUUUAUAUUGAAUGUAAUACCAGUGUGUAUGAGAAUGUGAUGUUGAAUAAGAUGUGAAUAUCUGUGUGUGUGUGU